AAAAAUAUCAAUCAAAUAAAACAUUAUCUAGAAUUUUAAUCUUGGGAUGAAGAUGUUCGGUUUAUAAGAUAAAUUCUAAAUCUGCAGAAUGGCCGGGAGAAGAGGAGGCGUGGAAAGGGUUUUAUCAAAACUGAAUUCUUCAAUUGAAAAUAAGAAUUAUUAUGAAGCUCAUCAAAUGUACAGAACCUUGUUCUUCAGGUAUAUGGGACAGAAAAAGUAUACAGAACUAGAAACAAUGCUCUACGACGGAGCUUGUCUUCUUUAUUCACAUUCCCAGGUUGAGAGUGGAUUGGACUUGUCUAAGCUGUAUUUAGAUCUUCUAAACCAAGGAGAAAUCAAACCAGAGGACGAUAUUUUCCAAAAAAUUGCAAGAUUGUAUGAGCUUAUUCCCUGUGAUAAUGUGGAUAAGCCGGGUUUCCUGUCCGCAGCGCUCAAAUGGUCCAGUUUAGAAACAGGAGCUAAUGUUGGUCACCCCAGGUUACAUCAGUACAUAGCUUACUCCUUAUGGCAGAAACGAAAAUAUUCGGAAGCAAGGAAUCACUUUCUCCACAGUUGUGACGGCGAAGGGUGUGGUUCAAUGUUGGUUGAGUUCCAUACUACUAAAGGAUUUAACUCUGAGACCGAGUUGUUUAUUACCCAGACCGUUCUGCAAUAUUUAUGUUUGAAAAAACAUAUUGUUGCCGCAGUAGCCUUUCGUACAUACACCACCGUGCACCCUAGAAUAAAAACGGAUCCUCCCUAUUCGAAUCCAUUACUAAACUUUAUCUGGUUUCUCCUUCUUGCAAUCCGUACUUCAUCUUCAGUCAGUGCAUACACUGUUCUGUGUGAAAAAUAUAAACAAUUCAUUGAUCGAGACCCUCAAUACUUGGAGUACCUUGAUAGAAUAGGACAGAUUUUCUUUGGAGUUCCUCCACCAGAGAAACCAUCUGGGAUGUUUUCAGGACUGUUCAACUCCUUGCUAAAGACGAUGGCCGAGGAUUCGUCUGACGAUGAAUGCCCUGGACCUAGUUCCAGCGUUACUGUUGCUCCGAAGAAAAAAUUGGAAGCCGAAGAUUUGGAUUAACUCCAGACUUGGAUUAACUCUAUAUUUGAAUUAACUCCAGAUUUAGAUUAACUCUAGAUUUGGAUUAACUCCAGAUUUAGAUUAACUCUAGAUUUGGAUUAACUGCUCAGGAACUGGAUUAACAACUACUAAUUCAGAUUUGGAUUCAAUGGGCCCCAGUUAUAGAUUUAGAACUUCAAAAUGUGAUUUAGAACUCCACACUUGGAUUCAGAAUUCCAGAUUUGUAUUCAAAACUUCAAAUUUAAAUUCAGAAUUGAAUUCCAGAUUUGGAUUCAGAAUUCCAGAUUUAGAUUCAGAUCUUAAGAUUUGGAUUUAGACCUUCAAAUUUGGAUUCAGAAUUCCAGAAUAGGAUUCAGGAUUUCAGAAUUAGAUUCAGAACUUCAAAUUUGGAUUCAGAACUUCAAACCUUAAAAUUUGGCAACGAAUAUUAUGAUUCUGAUAACAAAAUUUUCUGCAAUGUUUCACACAAUUUGUUACAUACGAGGUUUAGAUUCUGUUGUUUACGCUAUGUGAUUCAAUAACUAUAAUUGUGCUAUUUUUAUCGUGAACUUUUGCACAAUGUGCACUUUUAAUUUAGUUUUGGUGAUUUAAAAAAAAUUAUUUUUAUAUUUUAGGGGUGGGGAGCCCGGCACAUAAAUUUACAUGUUUCUUUAUUCACAGAAGGUGGUUUUAAUUAUAGAAGGCGGAUAUUACGGAAUAGAAUUUUGAGGUUCUAGGAAACCUUGUUCUUUAUUUACCUCUUCCAAUAAUCCGAGAACAUGACCUUUUUCUGUUGAAGUUGACCGUCCAGUAAUCAAUUAAUGAGUGCAAGGGAUUGUAUGCGUAAUUUUAAUAAAACCUGUAAUUCGAAGUGCCUGCAUCAAUUAACAAUUUAGUACCAUUUAAACCUUUCUUAGUUAUAGGGAGUGUUCGGUAACAAUAAAAGGGGUUGUUUUCAA